AUGCCGCUGCCAUCCCUCCACGCCGCUUUCCCUGCGGUGGCGAGAUCAAAUCAGGCGGGCAAGACGACGCUCGCGUUCUUCAAAGGCAGAGUCAGCACUAGUCGCAAAGCCACGGGCAGCCAUCGUUCAACGGCGACGUUUCGGGCGUGCGACUCGAGCGGGCCGUGCAAGUACGACUAUCGCGCGGAGAUGCAAAGGUGCAAGUAUGGCUUGGUGCCUCGCCGAGGCGGAGCGCUCUCCUACCGGCUGAUGGAGGUGAUGUCCGCAGGAGGCGUCCCGGUCAUGAUUGGGUCCGCAGGAGGCCUCCUCCCGCCGUUUGCCGGUAUGCUGCGCUGGGAGUUCUUCUCGGUGACCGUGCCGAAUCGUGAUAUGCGCAUAUGA